AUGAAGACACUGCGAAAAUGGUUCAGUCCCAGCCUGAUGGUGUUACUGCUCCUGGUGUUGGCCUUAAACACGGAGAUCGCCGUUGGAAAGUCUUAUGGCAGCAGUCGCAGUAGCUCAAGUUCCAGUUCCCGAUCCAGCUGGAGUCCCAGUUCCAGUUCCAGAUCCAGUUCGAGUUCCAGUUUUGGUUCCAGAUGGUCUUCCUCGAGGUCCUACAGUCCGCCAUCUUAUUCGUCCCUCUUUUCGUCCUCCUCGAAGCCAAAGCCCCCUCCCUCGUACUUUAGUAUUGGAAGCUCACACGAUUCACCUAAAGGACCUCCCCCGGCCUACUCAGCCUCGAAUCCUGUGGGCGGAGCUCGGACCAACAUGCACGAGAGUCCGCCGAGCUACAAAUCCGAAUCGGUUACCAAGAGAGCUCUAAAGAAGCUAUCGGGUUCCAGUUCUUGGCGAAACUCUGACAUUCCCAGCAGUUCCAUAUUCUCCAGUGACGAGGAUUCUAACGAUAAAUUUCAAGAGCUACUCAACGCAAUUGCUGAAAUCAAAUACGAAGAACCCACGGACAACUAUGAAGAUUUACACGAGGAAUCCACGGACAACUAUGAAGAGCUGCUCAAUUCUGCUGCAAUUGCUCACUCUUCUUUCCACGGAUACCUAGGAAUAAUCUCCACUGUAGUCUGCUUAAGCUCGUUGUUAUUAAUGAAGACACCCCGGAAACGGUUCAGUCCCAGCCUGAUGGUGUUGCUGCUCCUGGUGUUGGCCUUAAAUACGGAAAUUGCCGUUGGAAAGUCCUAUGGCAGCAGUCGCAGUAGCUCAAGUUCCAGUUCCCGAUCCAGUUGGAGUCCCAGUUCCAGUUCCAGAUCCAGUUCGAGUUCCAGUUUUGGUUCCAGUUGGUCGUCCUCGAGGUCCUACAGUCCGCCUUCUUAUUCUUCCCUCUUUUCGUCCUCCUCGAAACCAAAGCCUCCUCCCUCGUACUUCAGCUUCGGAAGCUCAAACGAUUCACCCAAAGGACCUCCCCCGGCCUACUCAGCCUCGAAUCCUGUGGGCGGAGCUCGGACCAACAUGCACGAGAGUCCGCCGAGCUACAAAUCCGAAUCGGUUACCAAGAGAGCUCUAAAGAAGCUAUCGGGUUCCAGUUCUUGGCGAAACUCUGACAUUCCCAGCAGUUCCAUAUUCUCCAGUGACGAGGAUUCUAACGAUAAAUUUCAAGAGCUACUCAACGCAAUUGCUGAAAUCAAAUACGAAGAACCCACGGACAACUAUGAAGAUUUACACGAGGAAUCCACGGACAACUAUGAAGAGCUGCUCAAUUCUGCUGCAAUUGCUCACUCUUCUUUCCACGGAUACCUAGGAAUAAUCUCCACUGUAGUCUGCUUAAGCUCGUUGUUAUUAAUGAAGACACCCCGGAAACGGUUCAGUCCCAGCCUGAUGGUGUUGCUGCUCCUGGUGUUGGCCUUAAAUACGGAAAUUGCCGUUGGAAAGUCCUAUGGCAGCAGUCGCAGUAGCUCAAGUUCCAGUUCCCGAUCCAGUUGGAGUCCCAGUUCCAGUUCCAGAUCCAGUUCGAGUUCCAGUUUUGGUUCCAGUUGGUCGUCCUCGAGGUCCUACAGUCCGCCUUCUUAUUCUUCCCUCUUUUCGUCCUCCUCGAAACCAAAGCCUCCUCCCUCGUACUUCAGCUUCGGAAGCUCAAACGAUUCACCCAAAGGACCUCCCCCGGCCUACUCAGCCUCGAAUCCUGUGGGCGGAGCUCGAACAAACAUACACGAGAGACCGCCGAGCUACAAUUCCGAAUCGGUUACCAAGAGAACUCUAAAGAAGCUAUCCGGUUCCAGUUCUUUCCGAAGCUCUUACAUUCCCAGCACUUACUCAUUCUCCAGGAAUUGGGACAGUGAUGAGGAUUCCGACGAAAAGUUUAAAGAGUGGCUCGAUUCAAUUACAGGAUCAAACGAGGAAUCCACGGACAACUAUGAUGACCUCCUCAAUUCUGCUGCAAUUGCUCGCUCUUCUUUCCGUGAAUACCUAGGGAUAAUCUCCACUGUAGUCUGUUUAUACUCGUUGGUAUUGUAA